CUAAUUCAACAUGUCUUAACCUUCUCCCGUGCCGGCAUCAUGACCUUGUCCGAAAUGUGCGAGUUAGCCCGCCUCUGACUAACUCAUGAGCACGGAUCAGCUUUUCAAGUUAGUCAAUGCUGUCUUUUCUAUAGUGGUUUCGCCCUCGCGCUUAUUAUACAACGCGCAUUUUGUACGAAGUAUGUAUUAGUUCAUUUAUAAUUCUUGAGUGCCGUGUAAUUUUCGAUAGUCUUUAAAUAGGUAUACAACAUCUGCGCCGCACGCUCGCUCCAGUCGAAGUGACGAACUUCGCGAAUGCUACCUAGGACUGCCAGUAUUUAUUUCAACCGAGUAUCUCCUAUGGCUUGGUAUUAAUAUUACUCGAUAUCCCUUUUCUUCAUCGUAACCAGUAUUAACAUAUUUUAUAUUUACAUCUAACUACGCCAGAAUCGUCAACUCUACUUCAAUCACUUACUUGAUGCUUGACUCAGUUCAUCACAAUGGUUACCCAGAGCAUCAACGCAAGCCCGGACAUAACCAUCUUCCGUGGAUUUAGAGACACCAAAAAUCAUGUAUGGUCCCCAUACGUAAACAAAUUAGAAGCGCGGUUGCGCUUUGCGGGCGUGCGGUAUGAGAUAGGAGUAGGUUCGCCUAAAACGGCGCCCAGGGGCAAGAUACCAUACAUAGAAUGCCGCGAUCUAUCUACUACCUCUUCGUCCGGAAAAGGGGAAGGCUCACAGCCAAAAGUACAACUCGGCGACUCUACCCUUAUCACCAAGACCCUGACUGAGUGGGGUGUCCUUACGGAUCUAAGCAGAGCGUUAGACCCGUCGAAAAGGUUACAAGACAUGGCGCUGAUAGCUCUGCUGGAGAAUAAGUUAUCCUUUUAUCAAACUUGGGAGCGUUGGGUCCAGAAUUACUACACUAUGAGGGACCAUGUUCUAUGGCCGAUCCCAUAUCCGAUCCGCAUCGUUGUCGGUUUAUUAGCUUAUCGUGCCAACACCACGAUGUUGAAUGGCCAAGGUACUGGCCGGUUUACCAAGGAGGAAAUCGAGCAGUCCAUGUACGAGAUCUGGGGGGCAAUUAAUGUGCAACUUGUGAUGUCGCGAUCCAGUAGUAAAGGCGGCGACGAGAAGCCUUUCUGGGUACUGGGCGGAGAAGAACCGACAGAGGCGGAUGCGUGUCUAUUUGGCUUUAUUGUAUCUGCUUGGAUAUGUACUGCCGGACCCAAAUCUCAUGACACGAUCAAGAGCUUCCCGGUCCUCCUUGACUACGCGGGACGCAUCCACGACCAGUAUUUCCCAGAUUAUGAUAAAUGGACUGUGCAAUGAAGAUAAAUGUGUAGAUCGGCAUUAUGUAAUGUUAAAGCCUAGGUAGUGACGAAUAGAAGCCGU